AUGUCCCAAAAAGCAAUUACCGUCACCGCCCCGAAACAAGCCUCUCUGGUCACCGACCGUCCCCUUCCCAGCCUCCGCGACGACUAUAUCCUCGUGAAAACCGUGAGCGUUGCCAUUAACCCCACUGACUGGAAACACGUCGAGUACCUGGCCCCUCCCGGUGUUCUUGUUGGCUGCGACUACUCCGGUAUCGUUGAAGAAGUGGGCAAGGACGUCAAGAAGCCGUUCAAGAAGGGUGAUCGGAUCUGCGGAUUCGCGCAUGGUUCCAAUGCCGUGCAGCAUGAGGAUGGAACUUUCGCCGAGUACAUUGUUGUCAAGGGCGAUGUACAGUUCCGGGUCCCCGAUUACAUGAGCUUCCAGGAAGCUGCGACGCUGGGUGUCGGUGUGAACACCGUUGCGCAGGGAUUGUACCAGUCCCUGCAAUUGGCGCUGCCCACGGAGCCAAUUAAAGAGAAGACCCCCAUUCUGAUCUACGGUGGCUCGACGGCUACCGGUACUUUGGCAAUCCAAUUCGCCAAGUUGUCCGGUUACACUGUCCUGACAACCUGCUCCCCCCGCAACUUCGACCUCGUUAAGAGCCUCGGCGCAGACGCCGUGUACGACUACAACGACCCCAGCGCCGCCUCCAAGAUCCGCGCAGACACCAACAACAACCUGAAGCUCGUCUUCGACACAAUCUCUCUCGAAGAUUCGGCCAAGUUCUCCGACAACGCACUUUCCACCGAGGGCGGCGACUACAGCGCGCUUCUGGUCGUCGGCAUUGAACGCGAGAACGUCAAGGACCGGUGGACUCUGGCCUACACUAUUAUCGGCGAGGCGUUCGAUUUCGGUCAGGCCAAGUUCCCGGCGAAGCCUGAGGAUAAGGCGUUUAUUGAGGGCUUUUUGCCGGUUGCUGAGAAGGUGUUGGGUGAGAAGAAGAUUAAGGUGCAUCCGGUUAAGGUGUUGCCGGAUGGAUUGAAGGGUGUGUUGCAGGGUAUGCAGGAUAUGAAGGCGGGCAAAGUCAGUGGGAAGAAAUUUGUGUAUAAUGUUGCGGAGACUCCGUAA